AUGGAUCAAAGAACAGCAAACGAGUUGAAAGAAUCAGCAGCGAAUUUGACCAUGCAUGGAUUCGGAAGAUUGCUUUCGACCAAAUCAAAGGCAAUGCGAUGCAUCUGGCUGUUGCUAAUGCUUUUCUUCAUAUCACUUGUAAUUUUGACAGUGACGCCAACAGUACGGAGAUACUUCAAAAGCCCGUCUUUAACAAAAGUAGAAACUGUUAGGGUAUCUGAAAUGAAAAUGCCAGCCAUAACUGUAUGCGGACCAAGCUUUAGUAAAGCUAAAGUCACAAAAUUCGCAAAAGAGAAAAACCUAACCGUCAAAUAUAACCGGAUUGGACUUAUAGACAACAUCGAUGACAUAUUAGGGAAAGUUUUCUCUCUAGAAGAUCUAGCAUAUGAUAACAACACCAUGUUUAUUAUCAACCCUGACGUAAAUGACAUUGCCAUCGAAAGAGUGCUUGUGGCCAACCGAGGUUACUGCUACAAAAUAAAUGCGAAUGGAACUGCCAUACAAAAAUCGGUUAAUCUUGGGUUCACCUUCGAUAUUAUUUUAUUUGUAAAUUUAUCAAAUGGAGUACAUCUUUUUAACUCUCCAACAGACGCCGUUCAUGUUCUCAUACAAGAUCACAAACAAUUUCCGUCUCUGGAUUCUGGGAGAAUUCUUGCUCCAAUCGGCCAUCAGACUUUUAUUGAAAUGAAAAAGACCGAGAUUACGAGGCUUAAACCUCCUUACCCAUCAAAAUGCACAAAUGGCGAAAACAUGAAGCUGCUUUUCAAAGGUGAUUAUACAGUUAGCAACUGCAGAUUGUCUUGCCUCCUUAGCCAAGUUUCACAAAGAUGUUCUUAUAUCUUCGCUUGGCAUAGCCACCUUUUACCAAAAGCGAUGAAAAAGCAACUAUAA